CUCCUGUGUACUUUCACUUCUGUCAUCGUGUUUCCCCUUUUUUAAAUAUAAAACGGUUAAAUGGCUUUAAAUUUUUAUAUGGUUUCAGCAGAGGGCAGUAGAUUUUCUCUUAAUGAAUUCUACCUUCUGGGCUGUCACCUCCCAGUGAUGCUCUGUGUUGUGAGAAGUUACCUGGAACCGAGCAUUAAGAUUGAAGUGAGAGGAAGCCAUUGUUCAAGCGAGCCGUGAGCUUGGAAACAAGUGAAAACACUUCCCUGGAAGGAGUUCCUGACCUGGUGCUGCUCCUGCUGCGUGUCCCGUGCUGCUGCCACACGGCUGGGAGACAGAGUCUGGAAGCGGUGGAGAAGCUGUCCCGGGCAUAGCUGGAAGGUCUGCAACCAAACCACCUCCAAGCAAACGUGCCACCUCAACUUUCAGCAAGAAACACGCUUCAGAACUUGCGGUACAGAUUUUGAAGGUCACGGAUGCACUUCUGCAAAGUAGUUAUUGCCCUGUUCCAGUUAGUGUCAUGUAUGCGAGGCCAUUAAAAUGGAUUUUUUUAUUUCUUCUUGUAUGUUCUAUCAUAACAGUGUGGUAUGUAAUUUUUCCUUCCAACAUGGUGAGGGAGCACGCAAACGUUAUGUAUUUCUACGAAUACGAGCCGAUUCACAAGCAGCAGUACCCCUUCACGCUGCGGGAGCGCCUGAAAUGCAGAGACAUAGACCCGUUUCUUGUCAUCUUGGUGUCUUCACGUCCUCAGGAUGUGAAAUCAAGGCAGGCCAUCAGGCUAACGUGGGGAUCUCAAGAUUUCUGGUGGGGCCAUCGAAUUCUAACCCUUUUCUUACUAGGUCAAGACACUCAAAGAGAAGAGAGUGCAUCAGCACUGUCAGUAGAAGAGGAGAGCACCCUCUACGGUGACAUAAUUCGCCAGGAUUUUAUGGACACUUAUGACAAUCUCACCUUGAAAACGAUCAUGGCGUUCAGGUGGGUCACGGAGUUCUGUUCAAAUGCUCGGUUCUUCAUGAAGACUGAUGGUGAUGUCUUCCUCAACACCGCUAACCUGGUCAAAUUUCUUCUGAAGCUGAAUUCCUCCGAAAACGUUUUUACUGGUUAUCCUCUUAUAGAUAACUUUGCCUACAGAGGCUUUCACAAGAAAAGGUACAUCUCCUAUGAUGAAUAUCCGUUCAGGUUGUAUCCUCCGUAUUGCAGCGGGAUGGGGUAUAUAUUGGAUGGAAAACUGGCUCUGAGGAUUUACGAACUGAUGAGUCAUAUCAAACCUAUUAAAUUUGAAGAUGUAUAUGUUGGAAUUUGCUUAAAUAUACUCAAGGUGAACAUCAGUAUUCCAGAAGAUAAACAGUUCUUCCUUUAUAAAAUUGAUUUCGAUAUCUGUAAGUACAGGCGUUUGAUUGCAGUUCAUGGCGUUACACCAAGUGAAAUCAUUGGGUUUUGGCAGGAUUUGUCAUCAAACACUUCGGUUACUUGCCUUUGAUUCUGUAUUAAUGUAUAAACUUCAAUGUAUUUGGUGUAAAAACGUUUGAAGUCCAGGGCAACAGAAAACAAAAACACAGCUGUAGAGAUGACUUCAGCUGCAGGAGGGCUGUGCUGCCGGGGCAAAACUGCAACAGCAGCAUUUCUCUGGGGCUUUCUAAUAGUCUUCAAUACAAGUAUUUCCCACGUGUGUAUCCUACACAUGCAGGACACUUUGGAACCCUCUGGCCUGUCUUCCUCUGACUCUUCUCCACAUGGUCUGCUGUAACCAUGGGAUUUCUACUUGAAUCUUCUGGAAUAUGAAAUGUCACCGAGGAAUAAUGUUUACGCCAAGAAACUAGCUUUGAAGCUCCUUCCCAAAUUCCUAACUGGAUUUUUUUUAAUUGUUUUUGCAACUGCAUCAUCCUUUGCCACCCUCAGGUAUUUGUUCUCCGCCCAACAACCUUCUUUCGCUAUAUCACCUCCGUAAUCCUUCCGAGAGCGUUACACCUGCUCAUUUAAACAUCUCACCUCCAUAAUCCUUCCGAGAGUGUCACAAGCCCGUGGACUUUGUGGGGUCUGCAGAAGCCAAUGGGAAAUUGUGGAAACGUGAUGCAGGCUGUGUGUGUGUAUCUAAAAUAGUUUUCUUUCUUCAAAUUUUAAAAUGGAAAAAGUAAGAAAUUCUAAGAUUAUUUCUUAAAGAAGACAAACUACUGUAUAUCUGUAAAGAUGGGUAUUGUAAUCACUUUAUUCAUAUCAGCAAGGCCAAGUUUUCAGUAGUUUACACUUCUAAUAGACAACAAUACAGAAUUUGCAAUUGCAUUAACAUAAUUAUUCUUGACACAUCCACUACACGGCGAGGGUACUAUAGUUACAUCCUGUACAUCUAGAAUGACAGAGCGCUGCCACCGUAUUCGUACUACAGCGAAGAUGUUCUGAUGUAUUUACAUUUGGCUGUCUUUCAGAUAGUCUCUUAGAGACAAAUUAGAAGAGGUGCAGAAACCUCUAGUACCAAGUUUGAGGUUUCACCAGGUUUUUUGUUACAUUGUGAUUAUGGUCAGUAUUGAAUUUUGCUGUCUUUCCAACAACUGCGCAUGGUUUUGUGAUGGAAUUACAGGACAUGUUAUUUUUUUAGCUAUAAAAAUGAGGUCUUGGGGGGGAAUACUCUCUAGACAAGUAUUUCAGAUGUCAGUGUUCUAAGAAUAUAUGUUAAGAAGGUCAAAGUUUUUCAAAAAUAGAUUUUUUUGGUAAACUAAGUAGAUAAAGUUUCAGUAUUGCAUAACUGAGGGAAGAGUGCUGUUGUAUUUCUGGGAACAGGUGAAACUACAGCUGUUCCUAUGGUUUUAGGAUCUGUUUUUUGAUUGUUUUACUGUGGUCAAAUCCUGAGAGCUCUCUGAGAAACGUUUAACUUGUUCUUUGAUUGUUUAUACAUAUUUUUAAAAAACCCCAACAACCUGGUUUUUUUGUGUGUGUGCGCCACGUUAAAUGUUUAGAAAUAAAUUAUUUGUCACAA